AUUAGUUGAGCUUCGGAGUUCAGAUUCGCUUAUUCAGUUUUGUAACUUGCAAUUUUUAAGCGUCAUAAUUUCAGAAGAGUACAUGAAGAUGAAGUCACUCAGGGCCACUCCUUCCUCGCUCCUGUAAGGUGUAAAUAUCGUAGUGAAAGCAAACCCAAAAAUAUCAGCGCAUCGAGUUAACCAUGGCUUCGUGGUGCUCGUCGUCUUGUUCAGUCACCUCCAUCACCUGCCGCUGCUCUGUUCAGUGUCACUCUUUCCAAUUGCACAAUCGCCCUUUGCUUCAUCUGAAUGCUUUCCCACCUACUUCGUCUUCUCGAGUUGCCCCUAUUAGAAUUAAGCUUCCAUUUCACAGAAACAACUCAUUCAAGCACAGGAAUUCAAGUGGGUGUAGUAGAAUAAUUGUUUGUUGCACGAGCAGUGAUACAGAAAUGGACUUGAAGGAUUCAUUACGUUCGCCGUCAGACAUCGACUGUGUAGGAACAGGGCAAGACGUUGAGUGCCUCAUUGAGCCGGAUGAAGAAAACGGGAAAUCGGUGGAAGUGGAAUCGUUGGGAAUUUCUAUAGAGGGGUUAUUGGAAUGGGCUGUGUUGGUGUCGCCUUUCUUCUUUUGGGGAACGGCUAUGGUGGCCAUGAAGGAGGUGAUUCCCAAAUCUGGACCUUUCUUUGUGUCUGCAUUUCGUCUUGUUCCCGCUGGUUUUCUCCUUGUUGCAUUCGCUGCUUCCCGAGGUCGACCUUUCCCAUCUGGUUUUAACGCUUGGCUGUCCAUCUCUCUCUUUGCUGUUGUCGAUGCUGCUUGUUUUCAGGGCUUUCUUGCUGAAGGAUUACAAAGGACAUCAGCUGGUUUGGGCAGUGUCAUAAUUGAUUCACAACCUUUGACUGUGGCCGUUCUUGCAGCCUUAUUAUUUGGAGAGUCCAUCGGAAUUGUUGGAGCUGCGGGGCUUCUUUUGGGUGUAAUAGGACUUGUGCUUCUUGAGUUGCCUGCUCUGUCAUUUGAUGAGAGCAAUUUCUCACUCUGGGGGAGUGGGGAGUGGUGGAUGCUUCUUGCUGCUCAAAGCAUGGCAGUUGGCACGGUCAUGGUUCGCUGGGUCUCUAAGUACUCUGAUCCUGUGAUGGCAACUGGAUGGCACAUGGUAAUUGGUGGUCUCCCUCUUCUGGCAAUCUCCAUUCUUAACAAUGAUCCUGCCAUUAGUGGAAGUUUUAAAGAGUUCAGUUCAACUGAUAUACUGGCGCUCCUCUAUACUUCAAUUUUUGGAAGUGCUGUCAGCUAUGGCGUAUUCUUCUAUAGUGCAACUAAGGGUAGCUUGACCAAGCUCAGCUCCCUCACGUUUUUGACCCCAAUGUUUGCUUCCAUUUUUGGGUUUCUGUAUCUGGGUGAGACCUUCUCACCUUUACAACUAGUUGGGGCCGUUGUUACUUUGGCUGCAAUAUACAUGGUUAACUAUAGAAACACUUCAAAAUGAAGAAUAUACUGAAAUACUCCAUAUUUUAUAAGUUCUUUGCGCCUGAACAAGAUGUGAAACAAUUGCUUGGGGAAUUGGAUGUUUAUAUGAAGACAUCAAUUUGGAGAUAUGCCACGAGCAAGGUUUGGUUUGAGAACCGGACAAGAGAAAAUUGAAACAACAUCAUCUACAGUUUCUGAGCUUAUCAUUAAUUUCUGUAAAUAGUGUUUCAAUUGUUGCUGAACCUCAGAGUCAUAGGUUAAGCCGUGGAAACCUGUCUAGGUACGAUAUAUAUGUAGCAUGCUCUUUAGAAAGCUUGAAAUUUACUAUCAAGCUGGAUUCCAGGCCUUAUUUAGGAAUCAGUUGUUUUCGUAAAAGUUGCAUUGUCGUCUUGGGGACCUUAAAUGCUGCAACUUGACAGAAGCGAUAAAAGUGUAUAGAUUAUAGUUUUUGUAUUAUCAAGAACAUUAUUGAUAGAAUGCCAAUUUACCACAUCAAUGCUCAUAUUCUCCC